AUGAAAAAGCAUUCUUCAUUUCAACGGUAUCAGACCGAAAAAGCGAUUAUUGAUGCCCUGUUAAAAAUUUCUGAGAUCAUUAAAAAAACGACUAAUAUAAAACAAUUUUCAAAGAAAACAACAGGUGAUGGUGAUAAAAGACCACAAAGAUAUGAAUAUGAUUAUGAACAGAUAUACGAUGGACCAAUACCACCUUCUAUGCGUACACUCGAGUCCUAUGUUUCAGGUUUCAAUCAACAAUAUGCAAUGUCUUCAUCACAGCGGCCAUCGAAUUUUAAUCGAGCACCUAUUCUACUGUGGAAUCCACGAUCACAAGAUAAACAAUACUAUUCAGUAUCAAAAAAACGUAUCAGUAAUGAUUAUCGAGAUCGAGAAUUGGCUCAUAAACGUUAUUGUUAUAAUAGAUCAUCACCAUCAAUAUCUUCAUUAUCAGAUAAUCAUUAUCGAAGAAAGUCAUUAAGACAUCAUUCAAAACGUAAACUAUCUCGAUCCAACAAAAGACAACGAAUCAAUUGCGGAUGCCACUCUUCACAUGAUGAUUAUGAGUAUAGUGCAAGCGAUUGUUAA